UAAACUAAUAAUCAAAUAACUAUGAGACUUAAAAUUCAGAAAUAAGUUUUUAAUUAACUAAUGCCUUUGAACUGUCGCUUGUCAAACCGAUAAUUUAUAAGUACAUUCAUUUGUUUUCAAAUGUGGAACCAAAUAAUUUUAGACAUUGAGUGUAUUGUUUGCAACAAAUCGUUGCAGAAGAUUAAUCACAACCCGUCGCAUACGUUUAAAAUGGGUAAAGUGCCUAACAAUCGACGUUUAAGGACCCCGAAUUGGACACAAGCAGAGAAACAAUAUCUUCUUGAAUUAAUAAAAGUGCGUAAAGAUGUCGUCGUUACGAAAAAUAACAAUGGGCCUAAUUAUUCCGAGGAGAAAGAUAUCGCUUGGAACGAAAUCUUACGGGAAUUAUCGGUAAAAUAUGGAACCAAAUUUCAAGGAAGUUCGAUAAAGAAAGUUAAAACACAAUGGCAGAACAUGAAGAGGAUCGCUCGAGAAGAGGUCGCUUUGAACGGAGAAUUAUUUCAGAAGUACACACCGCAAUCUUUAGAAGUUUGUCAUAUUUUAGAGGUUAUCAAGGACGGAAUUUUAAAAGUUGAAAAUCAAAGUCUUAAUGAAACAAGACUCACUACUAAUGUGGAGAUUAAAACGGAGUCCGUCGACGAAGAUCUUGACCAGUCAUGUUGCAGCGGUACAAAUAUAAAUGGUUCGUCUUCGUCUACAUUUGAAGUAAUUUAUAGAAAUAGUAGAAAUUCUCGAGAAUUUGAAGCUUCUUGUACAACUUCUGAGCAAGAUUCGACUGCCAAUGACACUGAAAUGGCUUUAGAAGAAAACAGAGAUGUUGAAGAAAACAUACAAAAAUCAAGGCAUGCAUCAGUAAUGACAGACUUUGAAGAUAUUGAUGAUGAAACGAAUGACACGAUCAGAAAUCAAGCGAAAGAAUUCUUAAAAUAUACCUGCACGGAAAGGCAAAUAAAGAUGGAGUCUUUAAAAGAAGAAAGGCAGGUUAUUAGAGCAAUGAGAGAAACUGCAGAAUUAAAUAAAAUUAUAGCUGAACAAAAACUAAAACAUGUGUUAUGGGUGAAUAAACAACAGAUGGCGUUAGUUUGA